AUGGCGAAUUCCCCUAUCCCAUAUGUUCUCUAUUUCAUCGUAUGUGUUUUUACACUCAAAGAAUUAAACAUGGUUGUGACGGAGCCAUACAUGGAUGAACCGUUUCAUGUUCCUCAAGCACUUGCAUACUGUCGAGGUGAAUGGACAUCAUGGGACCCAAAAAUCACCACCCCGCCCGGACUAUACGUCCUCAGCGUCAUCUUUCAUCGAAUCUUCAUGUUCAAAUGCACACUACCGCUCCUUCGCCUGACAGCCACCCUCACCCUUCUCACCUUACCUCUGGUUCUCGGCCGUCUUCUUGCGUUUUACCAGCGCCGUCGCCCACCACCCCUCCUUUCGCCCUCACUCGAGGCCGUCGUGCUGUCAUUCUUCCCAAUAGCAUGGUUCUUUGGCUUUCUGUACUAUACGGACGUUCCAGGUCUGGUUUUUGUCCUCAGCACAGCUGUUGCAGCGACGCAGAACAAACACUGGCUUGCUGCUCUGCUAGGCCUCAUCAGUUGCACUAUGCGCCAGACUAACGUGGUUUGGGUCAUUUACGCGUUUGCUGUAAGCCAACUCAUGUAUCUAAGGUUCAGACGUGAGGCGUCAGCUGUAUGGCAUGAUCAGUCUGCGCUUAUCGCAGGUCCAUCUGACAUCGUGCAAUCUAUACUUACCCUGCCAAACAUUAUCCUCGAAAUUCUCCCCGCAUUCAUACCUUACGCGGUCGUCCUUGUGCUCUUCGGGUCAUUUGUAGUGUGGAAUGGGGGAAUCGUGCUAGGCGACAAAUCAAACCAUAUCCCUUCCUUCCAUGUCCCCCAGUUAUACUAUUUCAUCGGUUUCUCAACCAUGAUGGCAUGGCCCGUCUUAUUGUCCGGACCAGGUGGGAUACGAGGGUUGCGAUACAUAUGUAGAAGGGUGCUGGCCACCUCGCUUAUAGCAGCCAUUAUGGCGCUCAGCAUUCAAAAGUUCACAAUCCACCACCCCUUCCUGCUGUCCGACAACCGUCACUAUACAUUCUACAUAUGGCGUCGGAUAUUCAUGCUGCACCCUAUCGUCCCGUACCUCUUUAUCCCAGGUUACCAGGCAUGCGCAUGGGCUUGGUUCCUGCGCAUAGCACCCGAUCAGACCCUCCUCCAAACUCUAGUUCUUCCCGUACUCGUGUUGCCUACGCUCCUGCCGACGCCGUUACUAGAGCCGCGCUAUUUCCUCGUUCCUUACAUCCUGCUCAGGGCCCAAGUCUAUAGCGCGAGCAUUAGAGGGGUCAUUGUUGAGGGACUUUGGUACGCUGUGAUCAAUGCGGCUACGAUGUGGAUAUUUUUGUACAAAGAGAGGGAGGGUGUCGGUAGAUUUAUGUGGUGA